AUGCGCAAAGCGUUCCAUUAUGCACGCGCGUGUUACCAGCUGUAUAGACGAUUUUACGGAUCGAUGUUUGUCACCGGCGACUUUCGAAGGAGAGCUUUUGCAACCAUUAAAAUCCGACAGAAGAAUGGGCGUGAUAAUUUGUGCGUUUUCUUUUUCGCGGUUCUCUGGUACACUUUUGCUUCAAACGAAGCUCGUAAUCUAUCUAUAACACACUUUUCAUUUCUUCCUUUCUAUCUAUCUAUCUAUCUAUCUAUCUAUCUAUCUAUCUGUCUCGUCCUGUUUGUAUCUAUCUAUCUAAUCUUCUCUCAACCUAUUCAUCUAUCUAUCUAUCUAUCUAUCUAUCUAUCUAUCUAUCUAUCUCAUCCUGUUUCUUUCUUUCUUAUCUAUAUAUAUAUAUAUAUAUAUAUAUAUAUAUAUAUAUAUAUAUCAUCCUGUUUCUAUUAUUCAUUAUCUAUCUAUCUAUCUAUCCUGUUUCCUCUUUCUUUUCUUUUAUUUUUAUCAUCCUGUUUCUUUCUUUCUAUCCAUCUAUCUAUCUAA